AUGGCCCCGCAGACAAACGAUAACAAACCGAUGUACGCGAAGGAUGAGAAGGCGCUCUGCUUCCACGGAGAGCUGUUGUAUGAUGCCAAAAUCACAGACGUGAAGAAAACAGAUCCCAAAGAGACAAAGUCCCCUUACCACUACAAGGUCCACUACAAAGGCUGGAAGAAUACCUGGGACGACUGGGUCCCCCAGGAUCGACUUCGCAAAAACACAGAAGAAAAUCGCGAACUUGCAGCAAAUCUGCGUCAGCAAGCCGCACUCAAAGCCGGCCCCAAAGUGACUGGCAAAACCCGCCGAGGACAAGGCUCGGAGAUUGGAUCUGGCAGAGGGUCAGAAGAACGUACAUCUUCUGUCCCUGCUGCUGGCGGUAGGGGAUCCAAGCGCACAAGAGAUAAUGAUCUAGAAAAGGUUGGUGGUGAUUUCCCGUCCCACAAGCGUACCCGUACCCGAGUGUUUCAUUCCCGUGAUGAUGAUAAUGUACCCCGUCUCAACAUGAUGUCCUGGACUGCUGGAUCGCCCAAGGACAAGGAUCUCGAGAAAGCCUCAGCAAAGGAUAUUCCCGCACCAAAUCUGGAUACUAAGGACGACGACGACGACUUGGACGAGCCGCCAAUCGCGGAUGAUGAAGAGGAGGUCGAGCCCAGCCCGAGCUUGGAACGACAAAGCAACGAUCCAGUAGACCUGCGACAAUUUCUUUAUGUGCCCCGCAAAGCUGCAGUCAAGGCCACGAAUGCUCUUGCAAAUACAAAUUGGAACAAAGCAUCGGUGGCCACUAGUCCUGCCAGGAAGAAGAAGACGACGAGGCAAAACCCACCCAAGUCAAGCAAUGCCGCAACAAAGGAGAAGACCAUUGCUGCAACUUCCAGCAACCACAAUUUGUCGGCUGGCGUGUCGAACAACCAAUUGUCCACCUCUAAGGCUGCCAAGUCUUCCACAAAUGACGCCGAUGUUGUCGGUGGGAAAAGAAGUGCCAACGUCGGAAAGAAAUCUGGUGCAACACAAGGGCAGCCCAAAGUUUUGCAAUAUUCUGAUUAUGGUCGCUCCAAAGCUCACAGUCUCCCCUAUCGCACAGCAGGCAGUUCGAGAGUUCGAAAUAAUAAAGUGCUCUCCUCCCUGGAGUUGGGAGACGAAGAAAUUGCAGACGCCGAGGAUGAAGAAAGUGAAGAUGAUGUUGUGACUUCUGUCAGGAGGAGCGUCCAGACCGCAGCGGCGGUUUCUGAUGCCAAAUCCAAAUCCGUUGCAAAGAGAAACAACGAAGGUCGUCGUUCGCAACAGAUAACCCAGUCACCUUCCGGGUUUGCCAAAAGUCCCAGAACCCUUCGCAGCAGCAUCACUACCACACCAGCUCCCCGACAGCUUCGCAGUUGUACGGAUGCAAUGACGCCCAAGCAACCGUUACGUCCCUGGAAUAUCAAAGACACCACGAACUACACGCCUGCCGACAUCGACCGGCUCCUUGCACAGCCUGCGCCUAAGGAUGGGCCAGAAUUUCUAAGUCAUAGUUCCUGGGAAAAGCGCACGACUUUUCACGCACCACUGAUUAGCGGAACCACGUACCUUGAAGAGGAAGCAAUCGACGAGGAGCUCAGAAGUGCACGGAAGGAUGCGGCCCCUGCUGGUGGUGCACCCGGCCAACCUCUUGAGGUCGACCCCCCAGGGUCCAGCACACCAUUCGACGCACUGAAGUUCCCUUAUCGGCUUAUUGAGAAAAUCAACCGCGAUGGCGACAGAUUUCCCGCCGGCUGGACAGAGGAAAAUCUCAUGUGCAUCCCUGAUCAUUGUGCUGUCUGGAUCCGUGAAGAACUUCUGGUGAAGCUGCCGUUCAGCGCGCUUGAGGGUCGUCCCCCCUGGGUUCUCAAGGAAGUCCCGGAUUAUGCACCCUUUUGGGAACAAUAUGAGCGGGAGAACGAAGCGGAAAUCAUCAACGCGUUCGCCGCUAGGGCCAGGAUGAGAUGCAAUGGCGACGACCAUGCUCUGCUCGACCUUGCCAUUGCCGCUGGCGACCGCGCCUUUGAAUCUGCGGCGCAAGCAAGUCGGUCCAUCGGUACGGCCACAUUCAAUGACUUUCGCACCGAAGGAUGCCGAAUGUGCGCCACACAUGGUGUGUCAUGCGAUGGGGUAACACCAGACCCAGGACCCAGGACCCAGGAUUCAGGACGUGGAUUUGGAUUUUCCCCUGCCUCGCGCCGUGGACAGCACCCAGUGCUACAAUUUGCUAGGAUUGCCCAGUUUCCUACCCGUGAUUUUGACCUUGAACAAGGAAUAUGUACUUACUUGACCAUGCACUCGCAGGAAGACGCGUUCUACCUCCGCCCAUCAAUUCGCAUCAAUGUCCCUGACCACCUGAAGAAUCUCCUUGUUGACGAUUGGGAGAACGUUACGAAAUCACUGCUUCUCGUCCCCUUGCCGAGUCAAGCUCCUGCGAAUUACAUCAUCGACGAAUAUUUCAACGCAGAAAAGAUGAACCGCCGCCUGUGUUCGCCCGAAGCAGACAUUUUGGAGGAGUUCUGUGCGGGAUUGAAAAUGUACUUUGAGAAAGCUGUUGGUAAGAUCUUGUUGUACCGCUUUGAGAGAAGUCAGUUGGCAGAGGUUCGGAAACUCUGGGAAUCCGGGCGUUACAAGGAGUGGGAGGGCAAGGGCCCCGGCGAUUGCUACGGCGCCGAACAUCUCACACGCAUGAUCGUCAACCUGCCGGAAAUGAUUGCCCAGACAAACAUGGACGCGGAGGCCGUUUCUCGCCUGAAGACCGAGCUCAGUAAGUUCAGCACCUGGUUGUCAAGGAAUAGUGCGAAGUAUUUCUGUGCGAAAUAUGAGAAACCGAGUGCGGAGUACAUCGAGAACGCCCGAUAG